UCAACGUAUCGUCAGUUAACGCGCGUUCAUAUAAUGUCGCCCCUUGUGGGAGAUAACAAAUUCGCAUUUUCAAGAUGGCGACCCCAAGCAGGGGCCGCCGACCUCGAUCAGCCGGCCGAUGGGAUUUUUGUCGAGUACGCGUUUACCUAUUUGUGAUUUGCUCCCUUUUAUGAUUCAGUGGUUCACCUAAUAUGCUUAAUCUGACAAAUUCGAAUAGGCAUCGCUUCUGUAGUUCAAUUUGCAUAUGAUUGUCAUUUAUAUGAAAUAAAAUUGACCAAAAAAAAUUCGCAGCAAUCGAUAAUAGUUGUGAACUCGAAACUAAAUAUGAAUAGCAUACUAUAUAAUGACGAACGAAAUAGUCGUAGAAGAGGACAGGUGUCAAAUGAAGCCACGGGUUCCGACUCUGGUCAACCACAGCAAGGUAAUGAACAGGAGCUGGCAACGAAAAUGCUUCAAAUACAAUCAAAACGGUUUUACUUAGAUGUCAAGCAAAAUAGAAGAGGAAAGUUCAUAAAAGUGGCUGAAAUUGGGGCUGACGGCAGAAGAAGCCAGAUAUUUUUGGCUUUGUCUACUGCAGCUGAUUUCAGAGACCAUCUUGGUACCUUCAGCGAGUAUUAUUCACAACUAGGUCCACCAAAUCCAGAUACUGUUCCUGAAGAUGGCAAAUUAAAAUCCGAAAUGAUGAUUAAGGACAACCGCCGUUACUAUUUAGACCUCAAAGAAAAUGCUCGUGGACGAUUUCUUCGUGUCUCUCAAACUAUAACUCGUGGCGGACCGCGUUCUCAAGUGGCUAUCCCAGCUCAAGGGAUGAUAGAGUUCCGUGACAACUUGACGGAUCUUUUAGAUGAGUUUGGAACAGAUGAUGGUGGAUUUAAAGGUGACUUGCCUGAUGGUCGACAUAUGAGGGUUGAUAACAAGAAUUUUUAUUUUGAUAUCGGCCAAAACAAUCGUGGCAUUUAUAUGCGCAUAUCGGAGGUAACAACUACGGUUAAAGGAAAUUUUAGAACAGCUAUUACAGUGCCUGAAAAAUCUUGGUCCCGUUUUCGUGAUUAUUUUAGGGAUUAUUGCGAUAAAAUGGCUGAAUGUAAUGAAAAAACUAAUGUAGCAACGGCUGUGGCUACUGAAGACGUCAGUCCACAAUAAAUCUCCAUAUUAAAACAAGUUUAAGAAAAUUAUACAUUAACUUUUUUUUCACACACUUAAAAAAGAAAAACUAAGGAAAUUUGAAAAUUGUUUCUAAUAAUUUAAACCAGUCUAAUGAAUAGAUAAUAUAACAAGGUGGUGGGGAUGACUUCGUCCAGUAGGAAUGUGAAUUUGCCGUGGCAUCGGAUUAUAUUCUAUUUUGCACAUGAGUUACCAAUUGAUUGUGCAACACUAAAGUAUUUCAUGCUUGUUUUAAAUAACUCCUAUCGAAAAAUUCUCUAUUAGUGCAAUAUUUGUUGAACAUUUGUAUAGACUUUUGAAAUUCUAGUAACUCUAAUACCAGAUGGAUGUUUUUGUUUUAUAUUUUACUAUAAAUAUUGUUACAUUUUCAAUUAAAUUUUAUCCUGCAAGUUGACAAUUGUUAAAUUAUUUUAUUCUAGCUUUUAUUAAUCAUUCCAAAAUUCCGUUAUUGUUAAUUUAUAUAUAUAAAUUUACAUUUAUAUGUAUAAAUUAAUUUAUAUUUUUACUAUAUUUAUAUAUUUUGUUGAAUUUAUUUGACAGUCUAAUUUUGGAAUAAUAUGUCGUUGGCUUAACACUAGCAUAUUUGAACUGUUUUCUUUCAUUUCUUUUAGUGCUUAACCUCCAAGCAGACACGUCUUAAAAAAUCAAGUUGGCAGUCAUGCUGCGUUUUUAACACCUCUUACGCGAGAGUGCUUGGAGGUUUUAAUCAUAGCUUUUAAAAGUACAAAAAAUUAGCUAAAACAAUAAUUAUAAAAUAAAUUUUGAGUAGUGUUCCAUAUGAUUUAAAUGUUUUAUUUAUAUAGAUUUAUGUAAUGGCUUACAUCUACCAAUUUAUAUACUGAUCAUUUUUCUAGUCUAAUAAAAUUUUUAAUUUUAA